UAUAGCAGAAAAGUUUUUUGGUCAUUAUUUAAAUUAUAAAUUUAAAUAGGCAAUCAUUUUAUGUCAUCAUCAAAAUCAAAUAAUUAUUUUCCAAUUUAUGUUCCCGGGCCCUAAACAAUGUCUUGGAAUAAAGAAAAAAGCCAAAGAAACUUCAUACUUUUAUUAGUCAUAUCAAUUGUUCUAGCGAUUUCGACAAUAUGCCUGAUGAUAUUCAACUUGGGCAAGUCAGAAAAAGACCACUAUUUUGGUUCAUUUAUUUACAUUAUUGCAACUUUAUUUGGAACAGGACUAGGUUGCGUUUGGUUUAAAAUCUUUCAAAGUAAACGAAUUUGGUCACAUGCUGCAAUUCAUACAAUAGUUCUUAUUUUAAUGAUAUUUUCGAACAGAGAAAUGUUUAUUCUUCUGAUUGAUGGAAAAGCCAAUGAAUGCUUUCGAAGAUACAGUUUAAGUUUGCUAAAUGUUGGUGUUUAUUUGAUACAGUACAUUUUAUCAUUUCAUUUAAUAAUUUUUCGAUACGGAACGAAUCCAUAUGAAAAAGCUUUCCGAACUGGAUUGCAUGCUUUUGGAGGAGUAUUUACAUUUUUUGUAUCAUUCAUGGAUGUAGUUGUUGUAUGGCGUAGAAUAAGUUGGGAAGACAUGAGUAAUUUCUACUUCCCCCUUGUGUUGGUCUUUUAUUUAAAAUUUGCUUACGCCGUUUGUCUUUGGUAUAUACUUCUUAAUCCUAAUUUCGAUUGGAGGCGUUUAAGAGUAUUGUCUAAGCAACAAAGCAGUAAAACUUUGCAAAAAAAGCAAAGUAAGCGAUCUGUAAGUCGUACUAUAGGCGAAAAUGAUCAAUAAAUUCCUGCAUGCAUCGACUCAUUUGAUUUGGAUUUAAAUAAUCGCAAGUUUAUUAUCAAUUUGUUAUUAUUUACGAUUGUUAUUUUACUUUAAACAAAUAAAAUAUAAUAAUAAUUAUUUUUGUUGGCUUCGUA